AUGAUCUACUGCAGGGUGCAGGGCGCUGGGCUGACACAUACGGCACCUGAGGGUGGGACUGCAGAAGCCCCAGAAGUGCACCCGCGGAAACAGUUCUGUCACUGGCCCUGCGCAUGCCCGAGUCAGAAGCCUCACUGUGCUCCCGGCGUGAGCCUGGUGAGGGACGGCUGUGGCUGCUGUAAGAUGUGUGCCAAGCAGCCUGGGGAUCUCUGCAAUGAAGCUGAUGUGUGCGACCCACACAAAGGACUGUACUGUGACUACUCUGCAGACCGGCCUCGGUUCGAGACAGGCGUGUGUGCGUACCUUGUAGCAGUGGGAUGUGAGUUCAACAAAGUUCAUUAUCAUAAUGGCCAAGUGUUUCAACCCAAUCCCCUGUUCAGCUGCCUCUGUGUGAGUGGGGCCAUUGGAUGCACACCGCUGUUCAUCCCAAAGCUGGCUGGUGGCCACUGUCCUGGGGCCAAAGAUGAAAAGAAGACUGAACCAUCAAAAUGUGGCCUGGGAUCAUCACUACAGCAGCGUUCAGCAAACUUUAAAACAAUGCCAGCUUAUAGGAAUCCCCCACGAUUUUGGAAAAGAAAAUGUCUUGUGCAAGCAACAAAGUGGACUCCUUGCUCCAGAACUUGUGGGAUGGGAAUAUCUAACAGGGUCACCAAUGAAAAUAACAACUGUGAAAUGAGAAAAGAGAAAAGAUUGUGUUAUAUACAACCCUGUGACAAUAAUUUAUCAAAGACCAUUAAGAUCCCCAAAGAAAAAACAUGCCAACCUACUUUCCAACUCUUCAAAGCUGAAAAAUUUGUCUUCUCUGGAUGUACAAGUACUCAGAGUUACAAACCCACUUUCUGUGGAAUAUGCUCGGAUAAGAGAUGCUGUGUUCCUAAUAAGUCUAAAAUGAUUACCAUCCAAUUUGAUUGCCCAAACGAGGGUUCAUUCAAAUGGAAGAUGCUUUGGAUUAUAUCUUGUGUAUGUCAGAGAAACUGUAGAGACCCAGGAGAUACUUUUUCUGAGCUCCAGAUUCUAUAAUAACACGUGAAUGGGGAAAGUUAAGGCUAAUCACAUGAUUACAUAAAGGACAGGAAGAAUACCUAACUACCUAAAAACUUAAAAUACGUUAAGUUUUUUAAAAAAAGAUUCUCCUAAAAAAUUUAUGUAAAUUUGGAAACUUAAAAAAAACUUAACUCUUACUUUAGAUAUAUUUUACAAUUAUGUAGUACAGAUAUCCUAUCCCACCUAGCUGUUCUACGGAAAUGUACAAAAAACAUCUUACUCUGUGAAAACCUGGAAUACUUUGUUGAAAAUACUUGAAAAGCAAAUCAGUUUAAGACUUCAUUUAUAUUCUGACAAGGUCAGUGCCUAUCAGAUGAGAAUCAUUAAAGGGUAAGCAUUUGAGAUUAAGUUUUGAAUAGAAUUAUGGUUAAGCUAUAUUUUUAUAAUUUUUACUGCUUUAUCCUGAAUACCGGUUCAUUACAAUUUCUUUUGAAAGAUGGCAAGACCUAUCUAGCUACUGCUGACGACCCCCUAAAAGUUAUUAUACCAAAUAUAAAAAUAAAAGCUUCAGGAUAAAGACCAUUAGUGCUCUUAUGUUGAAAAGGAAACUUAACAGUGUAACAAGAAAUAAAGUACACACUAAUUAUAUUUGCUUGAAAAUAGUUAAAGGUUAUUUCCUUAAAUGAUAAAUUCAUCCUAUGGAUCUGAAAUAUACAUUCAGAUUAAAGAUAAAUUAAUGAUAAAAGACAAACUGGGAGAUAAUAGUAACUGGGUCACUUUCAAUGCAUGCUGUUCAAGUCACUGCAAAGUUCAGAAGUUCUCAAGCUAUGCUAUACUGUUCACUUACAUAAACAGUAACAAAACAAUGAUGAGUAAUACUGCUCAAAAAUAUAUUUUAAAAUAACUCAGCACAAAUACAUGUUAAAUGAAGUAUGACUCUGAUGCCAAGAAGAUCUCUUCAACAGUUGUAAUAAAGCCAACAAUAUUUCACAUCAUUUACAGGUCUUAUACCAAAUUUUUGCAAAAAAAGUGUGACCACUUGAAGCUUUAGUUGUGCAAGUAUUACUUAAAAUAUUAUUUAUUACUAAAAAACUUUCAGGGCUGGAGCAAUAGCACAGCAGGUAGGGGGUUCGCCUUGCACGUGGCCGACCCAGUUUUGAUCCCUCCGUACCUCUCGGA